AUGUCGAAUAGUAUAAACAAUACCGCAGAUUGCAAUCUGGCAGGCAGUUCCUCAUCGCGUACCCCAAACCUGAGAAAUAAUAAUGGUAACUCACUGUUUCCUUCUCCAUUACCCUCAUCUACCCGCCAACUUUCCACAGCUAACUCAACAUUGUCACUUGGUAGUAGUUUCAUAACCAACGACUCUUCCAAGAAGAAAAAAAAAUGGAGACGUAAUUUCAAUGAUUUGAUAACCGUGAGAAGAAAGGAUCUCCCUGAUUACGAGUCCAAGGAAAGAAUGAUCACCCAACAAAUGGCUUCAACUGCCAACCUACAAAAAAAAAAAGAUAUCCCAACCAUGGCCGUUGCUGCUGCUUCAUCAUCAGUAACAACUCCCAGCAGCAAAUCCAUGGCAUCUCAAUCAAACCGUAAGGGACUCUUCAAAAGCAUGAAAAAGUUUGGUAAAUCACAAGUCUCGGUCGAUGGGCCUAGUAAUAUGUUAGACAUAGAAGAUGAAGACUAUAUUCGACAGAAUUACUUCCCUGACAUUAAUGGACAUCAUGACGUUGCCUCCGGCAAUAAUAAUAAAAGGCUUUCUGACGAAAUAGAAUCUUACCAAAUAAGUCAUGCGCACAACUCAUCCGAAAGCUCAUCACUUCUCAAUAAUCUUUACACUGAUCACCUUGGAUCGACUAGGCCACGAGAAACCUUGAAUCAGUCUGAUGAUGAUAACGAUUUGCCUUUCUUGGUUGAAGCAUUAUCAAAUAGUGGGAUUGUGGUUCCCGGCUCUAUCGAACGUCGCAGUAGAGAAUCAGUACAUGAAAUUGGCAAUUCAAAAGAAUUUUUCAAAGAUAAAGACCCAAUUAGCGCCGAUUCUGCUGACAGCACAACAUCGCCUGUCCUGAGAUAUUUUGACACUUCAAAUCACAUAAAUAACGAUCAUCGGUCCCAUUACCAGAAUAAGCGUGCUAGUGAUAUCACUAUGGACGAAACUAGGAACCCAAGAACUAUUUUCUCCUCACCUCCAAUGAGUAAUGAUUUUGAUGCUAGCGAUUUGCAGGAUUAUGGAAACUCUCGCUAUCCUGUUGCACUUCAAGAUUUCUUAAGUGAUGACAAUGAGUCAACGAAUAAUUAUGGUAUUACAGAUGAGAAUAUUAAACAGCUGGAAUUAGUGUCUCAAAAUGGUAGUAUUCAGCCGUUGGCUGUGCAAAAUACUAUGCAUUCUAAUACUAAUGGAUCUUAUCAAGAAAAUGGUACUUCAACGCUAGAAAAUUCUGAUCCAAACCCUGCUGUCGUGUCACCUACAAAUAUGGCUACGGGCAACGAAAUCCAAACCGGUGGAGUAAGCUCAAAAAAAAGAGGAUUCAAUCCAUUUUCUAGAUUGAAACCUAGAUUGAAUAUCCUAAGUGGUAAUCGGUCAAUAAGUGGUAGUAGCUCUUUAAGUGCUGAAACCUCUAUUAGUAAUAAUGAUAACCAAACAGCAGCAUCUACCGGAGAUUCUAGCGCCCCUCAGAAUGAGAAUAGAGGAACAAGAAGAGAUGGACUGUUGCUUCCUAGCUUGAACUUGAGUAAUGCCAGAUCCCAUUUAAGUAGAUUUAAUUCCCCAAUGAACCUGCCAAUUAACGGAUCGUUUUCUGCAAGCAAUGCUAGUACCCCUACUAAUGGAAACUUUAACCAGAAUAACUCCAGUACCAACGACUUGGAUAAUACCUCGGGUUUCCAACAUCAGGCGAGAGUACUCUCGAGACUAUUGGAACAGUCAGCGGUUUCUACCCUUCGUAAUCUUAUCGGUGACUACAAUGGCGAAGAUGGUACUAGGAUCGAUAACAGAAACCGUAACAGAGGGUUGACUCUGAGGGUUCCUACCCUUCGGUUUGAAGAUGGUUCCGACUCGAAUUUCGCUGAGUUUACUAUGGCGUUGCAAGGUACUUUAUUGGCCAAUGAAUUGUCAAAUAGUGUUAGGUUGCAAAUGGAUAGAGAAAGAAGAGAGAGGCAAAAUCAACAAAAUGGACCAUCGGCGGAAAAUGAUGACAAUGAGUCAGAAAAUCCAGAGUCCUCAACAGCUAAUGACACAAGUGAUGAUAACGCAACAAGCCUAGAGCCAACCGCUGAAGAUUUAAGAACCCAAUCAAUGUCAUUUUUCAGGGCUUUCCGGUUCAGCUCAAGAAGAUCCACGAUCGAUGGAGAAGAUGACCAAGAACAAGUGCCAGUAUUGAUUCUUGGUGUUAGAUCUGGAUUACCAGAGGAAAUUGAUCGUUUCAAUAACAACAGAAAUAAUAACAAUAGUAGAAGCAACAAUAAUAGCAAUAAUAAUAACAGUGGAGAUAGCUCAGAUGAUGCUAUUAACAAUAGUAACUCCCAAGCAACUCCAGCAAAUGAGGGUGGUAAUCCCAACAACGCCAAUAACAAUGGCGGUGGUAGCGGAAUGUCAUUUUUCAGAAACAGAAACCACAGAUCUCGUUUCAGACUUGAAAACAGUCGUAAUAGCAGGCGUCUUGAAGAAAUCGCCCAGAGUUAUGAUCAACGUACCAGGGCGAGAAAUGAGAAUGCUCACGGAGCUCAAAGAUCAUGGGUUAUUUUUGUAAUGGGUCAUUCCUUCCCACCAGAUCAUGCGGUGUUGUCUGCGCCAACAAUUAUGUCGGAAAACCCAACUUAUGAUGAUUUGUUGGCGUUGCAAGCAAUGUUGGGUAGAGUCAAGCCAUUGGUGGCGACCCAAGAAGAUGUCGACAGAUCCGGCGGAUUGUUGAAAAUUGUGGUUGAUGAUGUAUCGGGGAUCAAGAAUUCUAUCAUUGAAGAAGAUCAGGACAAUGAUGAAGAAUCCGACUAUGAAUCGGGCGAUGAAGGCUUGGAAGGCCAUAAGCGCAACGAAAUCGCCACCAUUAAAGUUGUAUCCAAUGAUUCAUGUCCUGUUUGUCUUUGCGAAUAUGAGGACGAAGACGCUUGUCGGAAAUUGAGAGCCUGUGGUCAUUUCUUCCAUCAAGAAUGUAUUGAUCAAUGGUUAAUCACCGGUAGAAAUUCUUGUCCAUUGUGUCGUAAAAAAGGUGUUGCGGUCAAGAAGAAGAAGAAUAAUGAAGGCAACACUGGCACCACCACCACUACCACCACCACAGGAGAAAUCAAUUCUAUUGGUGGAAACACCAAUAAUCCCGAAUUAGAUUUCAGUGAUUCGGGAAACAUCACAGACACCAUUCCCGGUCCUACCAUAACCUCCUCAUCUUCGGAUGGGCCUGAAAUUUCUCAUGGGAUUACUUUUGAUAGAGAUAUGCCAUUGACAGCCCGUGACAGCUGGUAUGUUUCUUCAUAA